AUGAGUAUCAGCAGAAACAGUUCCUCGCGUUUUAGAACAGCCAAGUGGUUAUCCAAAGCUGGGUUUGCUCCACAGGUUUUUUUAUUUAGAAAUUUAGAAAGCGGUCAGGUAUGUUAUUCUCAAUUACCAACUAUAAAUCCAGCCUUGGUCUCUAGGUUACAAUUUAAGCAACCAAACUGGCAGAACAGAGUGCCCUCUUUUAACAGACGUGAUAUUUGGAAAAUUAUGUGUGUUGUUACCAUGCCCUCAUAUGAUUUAAGUAUUAAAGUGUUUCAGAACCUAAACAGAUUGAGAUACUUAAGAGAUGUUGUACAAAAAAAAACUGCGAAUGAAUAUAGAAAAAAGAAUGAAUGGGGUCAAAUUUGGUAUAGUGGAAAUUUUAGACCUACUUAUAGCCAAGAGGCCGUUGCUGAUUUGAGGGAAUCUAUAUUAAAAUCUGGAUUAGUGGAACAAAAAGAUGCAACCAGUACUGUUCAUUGGGAAGAUGAAUGGAGAAUGGGUGAUGUCAAUAAAUAUUGGACAUCUGUUUUACCACAAGUCAAACAUGAAGUGAUUAAUAAACAAAGAAAUUGUAGCAGAGAAGAAAGUGUUAUUUUAAAGCAGUUGGGUGACUGGGCAUUGAACAGUAUGAAAAAAAGUAGUACUAAUUCUAAUAGCGAUAACAACAAGGAUGGGAAUACUAGUAAUUAUGCUACCACUAAUUCUAACUAA